AAAAAAAAUAGAUAAAAUGAAAAAUGGAAGUCCAAAAUGACAAGGGACUUCUCUCUCUAGGCCUUGGAUCAUUCACACAGACGUUUUUGCCUCCCUCUCGCUCCCUCUCUCUCUCCUAAGAGGAAAAGCUUCUUUUCCUCUCUCUCUCUCUCUCUCUCUCUCUCUCUCUCUCUCUCUGUAGAGUCUAAAGACUUCAACUUUUGGCUUCUGGGUAUUCAAAGGAAGCAGAAGAACACGGACAAGGAUUAGAAUUGAAGGACACAAUCAACAUACAUGGAUGAGUAUUCCGGUAAAAGAGCUGUCAAUAGGCUUGUCUCUAAAAAGGGAUCUGGUCUUGUUUUGAGGGAAACUCCAAACAGAGACCGCAAUGCUCAGCUCUGCAGCCGACUGGGAUGUAGUGGAAGAUUGAACACUGUGAAAGGUGCUCAAAUUGAAAAGGCUAAGUCAUCAUCAAGGCCUGCAUUCCGCAGCACUUCAAGUGGGAAAGAGAUAAUUGGAAGUUCCUCUAGGUCUUGCAUUGCUGUUGGCAACACAAGAAAAUCCAUAACAGAACCUUGCAAAAAGCUAUCUUCUAAUUUGGAAACAGAUUCAUCUGAAACCAGUAGUGUUCAGGAUGAUCCUGAAGUUUCAGAGCUUGCUCCCCCACCUGGAAAGAUUCAAAGAGGGCUGCACCCUGAACCUAAAAACGCUGAGUCCAGUGUGGUCACCUUGAUGGAAGUUGGAAGCUCUGAUGUAGCAUCAAAUACAAGAUCGCGAAAGAGUUUCAAUCAGAGAUCUGGAUUGCGAAACCAAGAUUCCUUAGUUGGGUCUAAUGUUUCUUCGGGAUCUAAAAACACCAGCCAAGCAACACAGGCUAGCACAACCAGGAAUGGUUUAAGAAAUCUAAGAUGCAAUUCAAUAUCCGAUAUUGUCCCGUCCAGUUGUUCGUCAUCAGAUUCAAGCCUCAAUAGAAGAGAGACCAUAAAGAAAAGAAUUUCUGAAGGAGAAAGUAGCUCUGCUGCUAGGGGGAAGAAGAUGAAUGGGUCAUCAUCAGCGGGACAAAACUCCAAUUCUAGCCAUGGCAUCUCAAUUUCUGAUUCAAGAAGAGCUAGGAAUAUGCCUUCUAACAGGGAUAAUGGUGCUGCAUCAGUUAGGACUCGGCGAACUGUCACUGGUCACUCGAGGGGAAGGCUUUCUAAUCAAGGAAGUGGGAACAAUUUAUCAGCCAAUGGAUCCCCUGUAGUUGGCCCACAGACGUCUCAACCUGAAAUGUCUAUCAACUUGAAUUCUCCUAGUUCAUUACAACAGUUAUCCCAUGAAGCUCCUUUAAUUCGGCCAAAUUCUUAUAGUCGGCCAGGUAGUAGCAGUGGGAAUUUACAUAGCAUCAUGCGAGCUGGUGCUGCAGAUGUUGGCUUUUCCCGCUCUCUAAUGAAUCAGGAUGGACUGCGACGCUACAACAUGGAUGGGAUUGCGGAGGUAUUGCUGGCGUUGGAGAGGAUUGAACAAGAUGAAGAGCUAUCAUUUGAGCAAAUACUUGUUCUGGAGACCAAUUUGUUCCUGAAUGGCCUAAACUUCUAUGAUCAGCAUAGAGACAUGAGACUGGAUAUUGAUAACAUGUCAUAUGAGGAAUUAUUAGCUCUAGAAGAGAGGAUGGGUACUGUCAGCACAGCAUUGCCAGAAGAAGCAUUGUCAGAUUGCCUUAAGAAAAGCACUUAUCAGUUUACACCUCUAGAAGAAUCAUCCAUAGAAUGUGAUGGGAAAAAGGAUGAUGUCAAAUGCAGUAUCUGCCAGGAAGAGUAUGUUGCUGGAGAUGAAGUUGGAAGGUUACAUUGCGAGCACAGUUUUCAUGUUAACUGUGUAAACCAGUGGCUACGGCUUAAGAAUUGGUGCCCUAUAUGCAAGACAGCGGCAGCACCCUCGAAACCUCCACCCUCCACAUAAAUUUAAUUAUUAAGUCAUUUGGAGGAGAGACCUUUCUCAUUGUACAAAACUUGCGUCUCUUCCUUUUCUUUUAGCUCUUACCCUUGUCCAUGUACAUACCAAUUCUCUUUCAUCCCAUUCAACUAAUAAAUCCAAGCUGUUGGUGUUACAGCGGGAAUCUGCAUUCACUUGUGGAACUGUGAAUACAUACAAAGUGGUGCUGUUCUUCAAAUACAUUUCUUUUUCCUUUUUCAAUUUAGUUUGCAACAUUUGGAUGCAUGA